AUGUCUUCUACUACCAAUAAUAAUAAUCAAGAUUAUAUUAACACACAUAUACCACAACAACAACCACAACCUUCCACAAAUUUAUCAUCCAAUAAAGCUUUAAAUGAUGAACAAAUAUAUCAAUGGAUAUCAGAAUUAGUCACAGGUACAAAUAGAGAAAGAGCAUUAUUAGAAUUAGGUAAAAAAAGAGAACAAUAUGAUGAUUUAGCAUUAGUUUUAUGGAAUUCAUUCGGUGUUAUAACGGUAUUAUUAGAAGAAAUUAUUUCAGUUUAUCCUUUUUUAAAUCCACCAAAUUUAAAUGCGUCAAUUUCAAAUAGAGUAUGUAAUGCAUUAGCAUUAUUACAAUGUGUUGCAUCAAAUAUUCAAACUAGAAAUUUAUUUUUAAAUGCAAAUUUACCAUUAUAUUUAUAUCCAUUUUUAUCAACAAAUGCAAGACAAAGAAGUUUUGAAUAUUUAAGAUUAACUAGUUUGGGGGUUAUUGGAGCAUUAGUUAAAAAUGAUACACCAGAAGUUAUUAAUUUUUUAUUGACUACUGAAAUUGUUCCAUUAUGUUUAAAUAUAAUGGAAAUUUCAUCUGAAUUAUCUAAAACUGUUGCAAUUUUUAUAUUACAAAAAAUAUUAUUAGAUGAUCAAGGGUUAAAUUAUGUUUGUACUACAUUUGAAAGAUUUCAUACUGUAGCUUCUGUAUUAUCUAAAAUGAUUGAUCAGUUAAGUUUGGCAACUCAUCAACAAAAUCAACAACAACAGCAAGCACAACAAAAUCCACAAAACCCACAAAACCCACAACAAUCUAACAGCUCGAGUAGAUUAUUAAAACAUGUUGUUAGAUGUUAUAUGAGAUUAUCUGAUAAUAUAGAAGCAAGAAAAGCAUUAGCUAAUAUUUUACCAGAACCAUUAAGAGAUGGUACCUUUUCAAAUAUACUACAAGAUGAUAUUGCUACAAAAAGAUGUUUAGCUCAGUUAUUAUCAAAUAUAAAUGAACAACAAUAA